GGUAUAUAUACCUGCAGACUCAAUACUUCGACAUAUCUUGUAGGACCGUCAUGCUCGCCGGACUCAUGAUUGGUCUGGGGCUACUCAGGGCGGCAGAAAUGUCCCCGCAUCUCAGGCUUAGACGGGAGGUAUCUCCAGACGACCUCGGGUUACCAAGCAAUGCUACCUCCAUACGAGAGUCGAUCUCCACAUCCUUCUCUUGCGACGGAAGGACCUACGGCUACUACGCAGAUCCUGAUAACGACUGCCAGGUCUUCCACGUGUGUCUUCCUGUCCACUUCGACGACGGCGAGGAACAAACGUUCAAGUGGAGCUUCAUCUGUCCCCAGGAGACUGUAUUCAAUCAGGAAACAUUCACUUGUGCCAGGGAAGAGGACGCUGUAGCUUGCGAAGACUCGGCUCUCUUCUACUCUCUCAACGAUCGCUUCGGACAGCCUAACACUCUUCCCCCACCGACAGAAUCUACCGACGAAGUUCCACCAUUAGAGUCUAAUAUCCUUAUAAAUUAGUUCAUGUAAAUAAAUAGUAUUUAUUUUUGCA